UUUGUUUCAAGUUUUAACCCUUGGCAAAACGCAACGGUAGGCACCACAACACAGCGCGAGAAGCAGCUUCAGUUUCACUCUUUCACUAAACGAUGGGAGACUUCACGGUUGCGUUAAACCCUGCCAAAACCUUCCGCUCCGAGAUUCUCCCCAUCAAUCGCACUUCCCCGGCGGCGCUUAGGCCCGCCACCGCAAUCUCAUUCAAAUCGCACAGGCUUCGAGGCCCAGCAAUUCGCGCUUCGGUGAUGCCGAGAGAGGGUCAGCAGCAGCAACAACAACCCGCUCUUCUCAGCAGUCCUCGCAAAAGCGAACUCGCUGACGUCAUCAGAAGAAGCGCACUCUCCAACUGCCUCUCCGAAACCAACCUCCACGCCACCGUUCCCGGUCUCCAGUCCAAAACCCGUGGCAAAGUUCGAGAUAUUUACGACGCUGGUGACCAUCUCGUUUUAGUGACCACUGAUCGUCAGAGUGCGUUUGAUAGGAUUCUCGCUUCCAUUCCUUUCAAAGGCCAGGUUCUCAAUGAGACGAGCUUGUGGUGGUUUCAAAGAACUAAGCAUAUAGUUUCUAAUGCAGUUGUAUCUGCUCCAGAUAAGAAUGUUACAAUAGCUAAGAAAUGUUCAGUUUUCCCAGUUGAGUUUGUUGCUAGAGGAUUUGUCACUGGAAGUACCGAUACAUCGCUAUGGACUGUCUACAAUAAUGGCGUUCGGAACUAUUGUGGAAAUGUCCUUCCAGAUGGAAUGGUAAAAAAUCAGAAGUUGCCUGAAAAUAUACUCACUCCAACAACCAAGGCUGCAGAUCAUGAUGUUCCUGUCACUCCAGAUGAGAUUAUAGAAAGGGGACUGAUGACUCGAGCUGAUUAUGUAGAAGCGAGUGAAAAAGCAUUAUGCUUAUUUGAAUAUGGACAGCAAGUGGCUUUGGAGCAUGGCCUCAUAUUGGUAGACACUAAGUAUGAGUUUGGGAAGGCAAAUGAUGGUUCAAUUAUGUUGAUCGAUGAGGUCCAUACUCCUGAUUCAAGUAGAUAUUGGAUUGCCGGUUCUUACCUGGAGCGCUUUCAAAAUGGUCUCGAGCCCGAAAAUAUUGACAAGGAGUUCUUGAGGCUGUGGUUUAAAAGUCACUGUAACCCAUAUGAAGAUGAGGUCCUUCCUGAUGCUCCUGAAGAUCUUGUUUGUGAAUUAGCCUGGCGAUACAUUUUCUUGUACGAGACUAUAACAAAAUCAAAGUUUGAGGUGCCAUUGACCGAGGAGCCUAUACAUGAUCGAAUUUCACGAAAUGUUGCAUCUGCACUGUCAUCUUUAAAGUAGCCUGGGAAUUUUAGUGCCCUCCUGUAGCUCUGUAUUUUAAUCCCUUACUAUAAAUUAUAUUAAUAACUUAAAUUAAUGGAGAACUUUUCCAAACAAGUUUCAAUGCUUUUCAAGGCAAUCUAGUUUCUAGAUUGUCAUGAAGACAGUUUUAGAAAUUGGACAUCUUGGGAUUUUAUUUUUUUUCCUUUUAAAGAAUAAUGAGAUGUUUCUGAAAGCAGAGCCCAAUGUGUCCUUUGCCUUGUAUAUUUUCCUUGUGACAGUAUGAGAAUUAAUAAUUAUCUGUUCAGUAUGAGGAAGUAUUUAUGCCUGUUA